CUAACCGGCAGCCAUAGCAACAGCAAUGGGGGAGGUAACUGAAGAAAAGGAAGGAAACGGCGGCGGUUGCGGCGAUUGCGGAAGGAAAGAAGGGACAGAUUUGUUGGGUCCUCCGACCUUCUAUGAACUCCCCAACGGCAGGUUCAAGUGCGUCGAAACAGGGCACGAGAUGGUUGUCAAAGACAAGGAUUCCUAUGCUCAGAGCAAACGUUGUCGUUUAGGCCUCAUCGAGUUUGCGUUGUCUCAUUCCAAACCCCCUCUCAACAUGUUCAAACAAGACCCUCUUUCCCGCUCUGAGUUGAUUUGUAAACUAACCGGUGAUACCGUUAAUAAGUCCGAGGAGCAUAUUUGGAAGCAUAUCAAUGGGAAACGAUUUCUCAAUAAGUUCGAGCAAAAGGAAACGGAGGAGUUAACGGGUGAAACCAUGGCCGAGGAAGGCGAGAAGAAGCCGAAGAAAGUAAAAAAGAAGAAGAAAAAGGAAAAGGUAGUUGAAGAAAUUAUCUCUGAAGUUGGGGAUUCAGCUCAAAAUGAAAGUGAUUCCGAAAAACUUGAGUUCUGGAUUCCCCUUGUAGGCGACCGUUGGGGCUUUGAUGACGGAGGGGAUCGAUGGGGUUCUGGUUCAGAGUCGGACCAAGGUGAUGAUGAAAACGAACCAGGUGCGAUUGGCCUUCGUGUUGAGCAGAUACUGUUUAAACUUUUUUCUACACUUAAUAGUUUAUAUUGA